CAUCUAGCUUGGUUUUGUGUUGUUGCUUGUGAGACUUGUAUACAAGUGUCUGCUCCACCAGUGUGUGCUCAGGGGGUUUCUUUCAUGUUUUCUUUUGAAAAACUGAAAACAUGACACACAAUAUGUGUUUUCUAGUUUGCUCACUACUACACUUUUAUAAGCAAGUCUUGUCUUAGAAUUUCAUUUAGAGAGCUUUGAAUUGAUUAGGAACAAAGAGACAGAGAGGGGGAAUGACAACAGAGUUGCACUCAUGGUCACUGGCAUGGGCCUGAAUUAGGCCACUGGACAACCAAUUACUUUGUCAUUCUAACCAAGAUGAUUCCUUUGUUUGUAUUUCAUAUCCUCUCUCAAACCUCAAGUUGGCUCUGUCAAGUAUAGUUGGACCAUUUAGUCGGUUAACAGAUUUUAUUUCAGUGACUGAAAGUUAAUCAACAUUUUUGCUGAUCAGUGACUCAUUUGGGCCUCCAGAACUUGUGGAGCAUCUACUGUAUUAGUGUUUUUUUAACCCUUGCAUACACUACAUGGUUAAUUGAUUUAUUCAAAAAAAGCUGAUAACAACUGUAGGUUUAAUGUCAAGGUUCAUGAGGAGACUCAAUAUGUUCCGAUGAUACCGAUAUUAGACACUAUUAAACUGGAAAGAAACUAGCCAGGACAUUUUUUACAGAAAGACACAUGGAAGACACAGACUUUGAGAAGAUAGAUAUAAGCUUAUUGAACUGAAGGAAAAUGAAAUCGGUAGCUUUUUUUUGGCACUUACAAGUAAAUGAUUGCUUGUCACCAAGUACCAGUACAGAGCAUGGCACAUGUAAACCACUGACCCCUUUACCUGUUGCAUUGGCUUUGUGUGAAGGACCUAAAUGUGACGUCUGACUCGUGUUGGAGACAUGAGCAUGUAAGACAUGCAUGAAGUGUGACUGAGCCCACUGACCACUGCUUCCCGGCCUGUCAGUGAUUUGUGCGACUCACCUGCAGCUCCAGUGCUCUGCUGUAACCGCUCCAGCUGGUUUAUGUUUGAUGUGGACACAUGAUAAGCUCCUCAUCAUUCCGUCGUAGAUAAAGUCAGUGAUAAGACGCACUAAGGAGACUACCAACGUACAUCCCAUGUUCCGAGAUGGCCUCCUGCGCAGGAAGUUGGGACCCGUCAUUGUGAACAAGAACAGUUCUCAGGACCGCCUCAUCGAAGAGCUGCAGGGAAAGUUUGGGAUCGGCCGCUCAGAGCGCCGACGUAAACAGUCUGAUGACUGGCUGACCGAGGGAGUCAUCGUCUCGUCCAAACCUCAGCGCUUCCGUCCUGACGAGGUCGACAAGGUCAUGAUUCCCCCAGAGUCGCCUGUCCCUGUGAGGAAGGUGCUACCACCUCCCUCUCCCCCAGCCCCUCGUUGCCCUCCUAUUGUACAAGAACCCAAGCGACCGCCCGCUGUACAACUUCCCCUUGUUCCUAUACCCCCUCCUCCACCACUGCCUACUCCCCCUUCACAACCUAGGCACUUCCACCAACCGGUUCUACCUCGGCAGAUCAUAAAAGCUCCACAUCCACCACCGGCCCCAAUUCCAGAACCUCCUGCCCCUAAGUCAGAGCCCCCUCCUCCUGUUCUUAAAGCCCCAACACCGCCUCCACCUGUGGAGCCAGUGGCACCAGUUGCACCCAAAGUUCUGGUGUCUGUAGGCUGCCAAACAGAGUAUGACCCAGUCUUCCCUCCUAUGCAGGCAUGAACCCCUGACUCUUAUCCAUUCUGUUUUUCACACUUAUACACAGAACUGUAAACAUUAUUUUAUCUUAGUGACCUGAAACUUGGAUAAUGCAUAAACAUCUUGUCACAUCUUCACCACAUAACUGUUUUCUUAAUG